AUGUCGCUUUUGGAUCAGCAGAAGGACGAGCCUGAAGUCGAGGAGAUGCGCGCCGCCAUUCUCAACCUUCUCGCCAUUGUCUUCCCUAGUGUCCCCGUCAGCGUUCUUCGUUCUCAAUACACCCCCACUUUGAGCGUCUUCACAACUAUUCUCGCUCUCCAGCCAGCACCCUCAGCACCCUCGAUGCGCUCCCUGGUUACCUGCUUGGAGCACCUUUUGAUCGCACAGGACUCUGCCACAUGGAACCAGACCACAACCUUGAAGGCACUCCAGACUCUUCUUAUUCUUUCACUCGACUCUCGCCCCAAGCCCAGGAAGCGUGCUCAGGAGGCCGUCAGGAACAUUGUCACUCACCCACCUCUGAUGAUGAUUGUCCACCCAGGAAUGAAGGUUGUUGUCCAGACCACAUUGCAGAUCCUCAAAGAGUCUGGUAACGGAGUAGUCGGUGCUGCCGGAGCCAAGGAUAAGGAAAACGCCACCCAGAUGAUCUUGCAUACCCUUCAACUCGUCAAGAUGGUCGGAAAGGCCUGGCCCGUCGAGCAAUUCCUCCCUCUCUGCGACAUUCUCCUUCACCUUCCCAAACUCAACAACCCAUAUCUCACAUCUUCGGCUUUCCAAGUCUUUGAGUCGUUGCUUUCACCAAAGGAGUCGGCAGAUGCCCCCAAGGUUGUCCUUCAGGAGGAGGCAGCAGAGAACAUGGACCAGAUUGUUUCCAGACUCGCCAAGGUCACCCAGGUUAUGAGUGCAGUCUUGGAACUCAAGCCCAACGCCAACGACGCCACAUUGAUGCCCCUCUGGUUGGAUGUUGUUCGUGCCGGUUUCGUCGAGUCUGCUAGACUUCAGGAUAUUUUGAAGGCUGCUGGCCAGGGUGCUCAGAUCCCCCAGGAGGCUAUCGUCCCUCUCGUUCAGCUCUUCAAGGUCAUCUUUCCCAACUUGGACUCGUCCAACCCUGUUUCUGUUCACAACUCGACCGUCGACUGCCUCAAGCAGUUGAUCACCCACUGCAUCACCGACGAGAUGAUCGACCUUGCCGUUCAGGAGUUGAAGCGCAACCGUGGACAGCAGCCCGACAGCAAGAAGAAGCGAAACGUAAUUGAAACCAUCUCGGCCACCAUCAAGGGAGGAUUCGACAUUCGUUACCAGAGCUCUUGGUUGGGCGUUUUGGAAAUUCUGAAGACUCUUUUCGAGCGCCUCAACCACGCCGCCAACCCCUUGUUGGUCUCAUUCCUCCCCAUCAUCGAUGAGCUCCGUUUCACUCCCGCCUUCACCCAGAAGGCCCAUUUGGACGUCGUUCUGUCCACCGCCAUCAGCACUGUUGGACCUCGCAUCUUCUUGGACACUCUUCCCCUAAACAUCGACAACCCCGAGGAGCGCAAGCGUGGUCGUGCCUGGCUCUUGCCCUUGCUCAAGAGCUCUAUCACCAACACCGAGUUCGAGUACUUUGCCACUACUUUGAUCCCCUUGGCCGACCGUCUCAACCAAAAGGCUCAGGAGUGCCGCGAGAAUGGAAUGAUGAAGAAGGUCUACGAGACUUUGAUCGGUCAGGUCUGGAGCCUUGUUAGCGGUUUCUGCGAUUUGCCCGUCGAUAUGGAGUUGGCAUUCACCAAGGAGGUCGCUGAGCGCGUCAGUAACGUCCUCUACUCCGUUCCUGAUCUCCGCCCUGUCCUCUGUCAGGCCUUGACCAGCUUGGUCACUCGCAACCAGGCCAUCGUUGCCAGCACAGAGAGCGACGAGGUUUUGGAGCGCAAGUUCUUGGUCACCAAGGAGGAGGCUGCCCGUAACAUUGAGAUCCUUCAGCAAUACUCCCGCCCUUACCUCAUGGUGUUCUUUAACAUCUUCCAGGCCACUUUGCCUCAGUUCCGCGGAUACCUUCUGGAGGUCAUGCGUAUGUACCUCAGCAUUUCGACCCCCAAGGACUUGCAGGAGACCUUCUCGGCUGUUUUGGUCCAGCUCAACACUGCCUUGACCACCGUCCAGCCCCCCGUCCAGCAGGGCGAUGCUCCCCCCGCCUCGCACAACUUGAUGGAUCUUGCCGAUAUCAUGGUCCCCUACGUUGAUGGACAGAGCAUGGCCAACUUGUACUCGAUCGUCGUCUCCCUUUUCGCCAACGAUGCCGAUGCCGCUCUCCAGAAGAAGGCCUACAAGAUUGUCAACUCGAUGGCCGAGACUGAGACUGGUCGUAUUGUGUUGAAGGCCAACUUGGAGGAGCUCAUGCGCAACAUCUUGGAUACCACCGCUGCUGCCACCGCCACGGCCAAGCGUGCUCGUCUGUCGUUGAUCGGUCAGGUGAUCACGCUCUUGGAGCCCACCGACUUGUACUUUGUCCCCUCGAUUUUGUCCGAGGUUGUUGUCGCCACCAAGGAGGUCAACGAGAAGACCCGUGAUGUCGCCUAUGCCCUUUUGGUCGCCAUGGGUCACAAGAUGAAGGCCGGCGGUGUAAUUUCGACCGAGCGCGUUGGUGAUAUGGAGGGCGAGGCUGUCGAGACCCCUGCCACGAUCAGCGAGUACUUCACCAUGGUGACGGCCGGUUUGGCUGGUACUACCCCUCACAUGGUCUCUGCCGCCAUCACAUCGUUGUCGAGACUCUUGUUUGAGUUCCACAAGGAUUUGGAGCCCUCAAUGGUCUCGGAGAUGAUUGGCACCAUGCACUUGUUCGUCAACUCUUCGAACCGCGAGAUUGUCAAGUCUGCUCUUGGUUUCAUCAAGGUCACUACCGUCAGUCUGGAUGUCGAUGUUGUCCGCGGCCACUUGAAGGAUAUUGUCAGCGGUAUGAUUCGCUGGUCGCACGAGCACAAGGGUCACUUCAAGGUCAAGGUCCGUCACAUUCUCGAGCGUCUUGUUCGUCGGUUUGGAUACGAUGAUGUCGUUGUCUUUGUUCCCGAGGCCGACAAGAAGCUGUUGAUCAACAUCAAGAAACGCCGUGAGCGUGCCAAGCGUAACAAGAAGAACGGCUCUUCUGGCAUGGAUAUGGAUGGUGAAGAUGACGAAGAGGGUGAGGAGGAUACCUCCAAGAAGUCGAACAAGCCCCUCUACAUGCAGACCAACUUUGGAAGCGCAUACGAGGAUGCUCUUUACGGCAGUGAGAGUGAUCUCAGUGACGAUGACGAGGAUGAUGAGGGAGCCAACGAGGGCAAGGGCACUCAGAAGAAGUCCAACAAGAAGAAGCAGGGUGCUGAUGCCUGGAUCAAGGAGGAUGGCGAUACCCCAUUGGAUUUCCUCGACCGGACCGUUGUCUCGCGUGUCACAGCCUCGCACCCCAGCACACAGACGCCUCGCAAGCUCAAGGACUUGUCGUCGGGCUUCAAGACCUCGUCCGAUGGCAAGCUUGUCAUUAACGAUAGCGACGACGAGAACGAGGGCGGCGAUGAUGAUGAGGAGGUGGAUGAGGAGACUAUGGAGCUGGAUCAAGCCGAGAACAACUACCUCGAGUCAUUGAAGUCUGUAGACGGAUUCACACGUGGCCAGGGCGGCAGGAUCAAGUUCAACAAGACCAACAAGCGCGGUGUUGGCAAGGACGACGAUACCGAGAUGGAGCAGGCCGGUGGUCCAGGACCUAUCCGGUCAAAGGGACUCAAGGACCAGCGCCCUGUCAAGUUGAUGGGUCAGGACUUCAAGGCCAAGAAGGCAGGAGGAGAUGUUAAGAAGAAGGGCCGUGUCGACCCCUAUGCAUAUGUCCCAUUGACGUCGCUGCGCAAGGGAGGCAAGGAGGGUCUUUCCUUGACCAACAAGAGCAAGGCCGAGAAGCGCAAGUCUGGCAAGCCCGGCCGUCGUUCUUAG